CAGCUGAUUGUGACAGAGCGGCGCGGCUCGCAGGAGAAGGGAAGGGCGGCGGGGGACAAAUAUAGUCGCGGGGGAAAGCCCUCAGUCUGGAUAUGAGGCCCGGCAGAGCAGCGCGACGGGAAAGAAACUGACUCAGUCGCAUGCUGUGUGUGUAUAUCUGUGACAGAUCAUCGGUUAGAGACUAGCGAGAUUAGCUAUCCCUCUCGCUCGCCCACAAAAUAAUACAUUCGUGUUUACGAAGAGACGCUGCGCCUCCUCGGUGGACGCUUCUAAAAAAGUAGGUGCAGUGAGGAGGGGAAGACAUGGUGGAUUACUAUGAUGUUCUGGGAGUGUCACGCAGCGCCUCUCCAGAUGACAUCAAAAAAGCCUACAGGAAGCAGGCCUUGCGGUGGCACCCAGACAAGAACCCAGACAACAAGGAGGAGGCAGAGAGAAAAUUCAAGGAGAUUGCAGAAGCCUAUGAAGUCCUCUCAGACAGAAGCAAAAGAGAAGCAUAUGAUACCUAUGGAAAAAGUGGCAUGCCAAGCUCAGGCUCUGGAGGUGGCUCGUAUUCCGAUGACUUCCCAGGAUUCACCUUCACAUUCCGCAGCCCAGACGAGGUGUUUCGGGAGUUCUUCGGAGGCCAGGAUCCGUUUGCUGACUUCUUUGAUGAUUUCCCAUUUGGAGGCAUGCACAGCGCCUUUCACGGUCACCAUGGCUCCUCCAGACUCGGGACCAGUCGGUUCUUUUCCUUCCCCUCAGCAGAUGUUGACUUCACCACCUUCUCCUCCUCCUCCUCCUCCUCCUCAAUGGGGGGCAUGGGAGGGGGGAAUUUUAAGUCUGUAUCCACUUCAACACGCAUUGUCAAUGGGAAACGCACCACCACAAAAAAGAUCAGAGAGAAUGGGCAAGAAAGAACAGAGAUUGAGGAGGAUGGGGUUCUGAAGACUGUCCUCAUCAAUGGUGUGGAAGAUGAGAUGGCCUUAGCUCUGGAGCUCAGUCGCAGAGAGCAGACCAGCCAGCCUCAGCGGACGCACCAGCAGCAGCUCCCUCCGAGAGCCACCCACACCGACCUAGCUAACCACACCCCCCGAAACAGCACUCAGCGCUCAUUCAGCUCCGCCCCCUUCUUCCAUUGCCCCGAUGCCAGCGAAGAUGAGGAGGAUGAAGACCUGCAGAUGGCACUGGCCUACAGCCUGUCAGAGAUGGAGGCCCAGCAGCGGGCAGCCGCCUCCGCCCAGGACAUGAUCUCAGGUGCUAGGGGAGGGCGGGACAAGCAGGCUCAGGGUGGUCAAGGUGGGAAGGUGGGGGUUGUCACUCAUAAACUCAGUGCAGAGAGGCAUGGGACAGAUGAUUCAGCACAAAGCAGCCCUUCAUCUCCAGAGGAGAGAGAAGCAGGGAGGGGAUCAGACAGAAGUGUCAGCCCUGGGGGGAUUGUUGUAGAGGAUAGAGAGGGUAAAGAGCCCAUAGCAAAUGGGACAGCUGUGCUGAAAAGACGGAGAAAGUGUCGGUGUGUGGUGUCUUAAUGUGAGCUGACAGCAAUCCUGACUGGUGGAACAGAGAGUGAACACAACGUUAAACACUACUGCAUGAUGUUAUCAGUAUUAACCCUUUGAAUGGCUGCUGUGGUGUUCUUAACCCCGUUUAUAGUAUUGUACAGUGUGCCAAUUGAGAGGUCUCUGCCAGUUGUUGUAGAGUGUAUACCACUGUGUUAAGAAGAGUGUUUUUUAGUUCUGUUUUGGAUUUUUUACUGUGUGGGGUGAAGAACAGGACUGGUGCCAAUAUGAAUUGGUUUAUGACAGAGAAGCUAGUUCACACAACAGCUGACAAUUUUGCAAAGGUACAAAAGGUGCAAAUAACAAAAUGGCAAAGGUUUUGUUUCUGAGAAAUCCAGUGCUAUACCAUGAACAUUGUACUGAAGCAUAUCAUAUACAUCUAUACACUACAUAUUUGUACUUUGUGUGAAUUCACUGCUUGGCAGUUAAAUAAUGAAGUUUUAAUAUGAGUCAGAUUAGCCUUGUUUAGUUCAUCUCCCUUCUCCAAGUGAACUUUGGUCUCUGCAAAUGCAGAGCAGUGCAGAUUUUGGAGACUGAAAGUAUUGAAUGAGUCAUUUUUGCCUUUCAGAUUCCAAGAUAAAGAAAAAUCUGACUGUUAGAAGGAAGGUUAUGGUUGUAUGUCGCUGUAUUCUUGCAGCUUUUCUGCUUCAGCCUUUUUUUGUUUGGAGUUCUUUUUAAAGGGAACUGUUGAAUGUGGUGAGAACAUUUUUCAGGCAAUGAGGAAUUUCUCAAAAUGAUGCUACUAUGAAUGUGUUAAUGCAAGAUUAUACAAAAUGUUUACUACUGCAAAAAAGCAGAAUUUAAACUGAUUACACUGUCUAAAAAUGUUUGUGGCAUGAUGGCUUUCCUCUUUAUGUUAAUUCUGUGCAUCAUAAUGAUGCAAUAGAUUACUCCCUUCUUGUAAUGUAAACUACAGUCAAAGAUAAGGCAAGAAGAGAUCCACAGCACUUAGAUUUGAAGUGCAUUUAAUUAUAGGUUGCAAGGUUGGAAAAGAAGAAUUUAUGAAUUAAUAUGUUAUUAGUUUUAUAUCAGAGUGAUCGAAAGCUUGUGCCUUUUCUUUGUAAGGAUUGGGAUGCAUGGUUGUGGUUGAGAAUGCAAUACUUGAUGUGCCAAUUCAUGUGAAUGUUGCCAAAGGAAUAGAUAUGUCCUGUUAUCACCUGCUUGUCCAUUUGGUUAUUAAUCACCAAAAUGGUCAGUAGGUACGGGUAUAAAAUGUGUAAAAGCUGCACCAUUUCUCUUAUAUGCUAAGGCAGAAUGUACAAUCCAGCAAAUCAACACAGUAACAUAAGCACAUGUUGUUUUCAAAUAUGAUACUGAUUGUCACUGACAGUUUGUUUCUCUAUAUAUUUUUUAUAUUACACCAUGUUAAGAGAGUGUGUUUUUAUAAAGAGCUACAGAAUGUGCACUUUGUUCUUGAUAAAUGGCAUCUGAAAGGACUGAGUUUAUAUUACCUGAGAGUCUCCAAACAGAUAUAUCCCUAAUUAGGGCUACAGUUUGCUACUUAUGAAAAUAACACUUGCAUUUUUUUGCAUUUUUGUUUAAACAUCUGCUAUUUGCUCAUUGUUUACUUGGAGCUGUCAACACUAAGAGGAAGAACAAUAAAAGUCAGAAACCAA